UCGAAGCAAAAUUUUUUGCCAAGACAAAGAACCGUUGGCCCAACCGGAAAGAUUUCAUAUGCCACCCAAAGUGCUAUACUUGGUUGGAAACAGACCAUGACAUGAACAAAGAGUCGUCAGAGGAGAAACCUAUUUUUACUGUUGAAAGGCAACUACAGGUUACAAGGCUUGAUCCUCGAAUUGCAAAUUUCAUCUCUCUUAUCUGUGAUGUUCGCAUGAUGAAGCAGUGGAUGAUGGAAUUAGGGUACAAUGCAGAAAAGUUACCCCUUGGUAAGCUGAGCAAGUCGACAAUCUUAAAGGGCUAUGAUGUCUUGAGGAGAAUAUGUGAGAAUAUUGGCAAAUCUGAUACAGAAAAGCUUGAGGAGUUAAGUGGUGAAUUCUACACAAUAAUACCUCAUGACUUUGGUUUUAAUAAGAUGCGUGAAUUUACCAUUGACAACCAUUACAAACUGAAAUGCAAGCUGGAAAUGGUUGAAGCUCUAGGGGAAAUUGAAAUAGCUACAUCAUUGAUCAAGGAUGAUAUCUACACCCAAGAAGAUCCGCUCUAUUCGAAAUAUCACUGCCUUCGUUGUGAAUUGGUACCACUUGACGUUGUUUCCAAGGAAUUCUCUAUGAUUGAAAAAUACAUACGUAACACUGGUGAUGAAACACAUUAUAGAAUCGACGUUGUUCAAAUAUUUAGAGCUUCAAGAGAAGGUGAAAAUGAACGGUUCAAAAAGUUCUCUCAAACAAAAAACAGAAUGCUUUUUUGGCAUGGUUCUCGGCUGACAAACUGGACCGGUAUUUUGUCUGAAGGUUUACGUAUUGCUCCUCCAGAAGCACCAUCAACUCAUUCUCUUGGGAACGGGCUUUAUUUUGGUGAUAUGUUUUCCAAAAGUGCACCUUAUUGCCAUGCUAACUGGAUAAACUCAGAUGCUGUGCUAGUUUUGUGCGAGGUUGCACUGGGUGACAUGCUUGAUUAUGGAUCUUUUAACUGCCAUGAUAAGUUGCCAAAGGGAAAGCUCAGUGUAAAAGUAGCUGGAGGAACUGUCCCGGACUCUUCACAGGCUCAGGUUCUUGAAGACGGUGUUCUUGUUCCACUCGGAAAGCCAGUAGAGCUGCCUUAUUCCCAGGGUAUGGGGCUGAGAAAUGAGUACAUAAUUUUUGACGUGGAUCAGAUUCGAAUACGUUAUGUGGUUCAUGCAAAGUUCUGCUAUCAAACCUGUUGAAUCUCAUUGAAGAUUCUCACUGGUGUAGCCUUUACUCUUUGAGAAAAUAUAUGAUGUGUACCUGUUAGUUGUUGGAACGCAAGGAACCUCUGUGUGCUUGUAACACCAUCUAUUUCAAUCUUUCUACUAUGCAUAUUUGGAUUGCUUUUGCUUUUCGAGGGCUUAUUCAUAUGCCAAGGAAUAUUGGAAUGAUAUCUUCGCAUGAUGAGUCUAGUGGAUUCUCUUGGCGCUUUCCCUAAUCUGAAUUGUGGACGGACGGACGGCAUCCAGUUUCAGGAAAUCAUCAUGACACGAUCAAUUUCUACCUUAUUCACAGGCAUCUUUCAGAUUCAACUUGUCAGAAUACAAGUCAAGGUUUAUCCUCGCUUCUUCUGUUGAUAGCUCUGCUGUUUCUGAGGAGCUGAUAUUGCUCGUACAUCGCUGCCGUUGGCUCUGCUACUGCUGGGUUUCCUGUUAUCAUCCGUUGACAUUUCCAUUUCUGCUGAAAUUGCAUGCCAAAUGCUAGUCUACCCGUGUGUCUAUACCACUCCGGUCUCCUAUGGAACAUCCAUAAACUAGUUGGUAGCAGGCUCAAUACUACUACUGAUUAUAAUAUAACCAAUUGUUAGAGAUACUUAAUUUUUUAAAUUCAUUAGUUAAUACAUUAAGGGCAUGACUUUUUUCAAAGUGAUUAUGGUUACUUGUUUUUUAUGGAAUUAAAAUUUCAUAGUUAUAUAAAAUCGAAAAAACUAGAAAUUAUUA